ACGCUAUCGAAUAUUAAUACAGUGUUAUGAGGAAUGUUAGUAAGAGACAACACUUUAUUUUUCUGUGUAUCCGGUUAUAAAUUUCGAAAGAAACUCAUCAAAUUUUCGCGAAUCAAGACUUUAGUAGUAAAUAAAUUUUGAAUUAUGUUUCGUUUUCUUGCGAUAGUGACGGUGCUCUUUAUGACGUCUGACGCGCAAUUACACAGGAUUCCAUUGUACAAGAUGGAUUACAUUCAAUCUUUGGAAAAAGUUGACAAGUUGGAAGAAGAUUUUUUGUUAAGUGACGAUCUUCCUUCCGGAAAUUUGACCAAUUACAAAAACAUAAAUUACUAUGGCAUUAUUAAAAUUGGAACUCCGCAGCAAGAAUUUAAAGUUGUAUUUGAUACUGGUUCCCCAUUUCUUUGGAUAUUCUCCAAAAAUUGCACAAUUCCUGUUUGUUCAGGACAUAAUCUAUAUGAUAGUGCAAGAUCCGAGACAUACGAUAAUACAGUAAAAAGAUUUUCACGUUUUCAAUAUGGCUCUUGCGGUGUAGAAGGAUACUUAGCUGCCGAUAAAGUGAAUGUUGCCAAUCUCAAUGUUCAGAAUCAAAUAUUUAUGGAAGUAACUAAUAUGUUAAGAAUAUAUCCUAAUUUUUCUAGACCAUACGAUGGUAUCUUGGGGUUGGAUGUUAUUCCAACAUAUCUGCCAGUCGAAUAAUGUCUGUUUUCGACAACAUUAUUGAACAAGAUCUAGUAUCACCACACAUUUUCAGUUUUUAUCUAAAUAGAGACACUUCAGCCGAUUUAGGUGGUGAAUUGACAUUGGGUGGCUCCGAUCCCGCUUAUUACGAAGGGGAUUUCACAUAUAUUCCUGUUACUCGCAAAGGAUACUGGCAAAUUACCAUUGAUAGGAUCGAAAUGAAAUUUGACUAUCUGUGCGAGGAAAGUUGCCAAGCUAUCGUUGAUACAGGCUCUUCGCUAAUAUUAGGACCAAAAUUGGAUAUCGCAAAGAUUAAUACAUUUAUUGGAGUUGAUGAUAGUAGAAUAGUGGACUGCAAUAAAAUUUUCCAAUUGCCUACAAUCAGGUUUAUUAUGGGUGGUAAGGCGUUCGAUCUUACCGGUAAGGAUUACAUCAUUCGGCAUCCAAAUAAUGAAAGUAUAUGUAUAAUCGUCUUCUCGAAACAUUAUCUAAAAUAUCACAAUGAAAUAAAAUGGGUUCUGGGCAUGCCAUUUAUUGGUCGUUACUAUACCGAGUUUGAUAUGGAGAGAGAUCGAGUGGGAUUUGCUUUGGCGAAAAGUUCAUCAAAAUGUAUAGAAAAUCUUUCAUUGUCACAUUUUAUUGUAUACUUUAUCAUCUUUUUUUCUAAUUGUUUGUUUAGUUUUCGAUAAGAAAGAAAUUUAAUCUUUUUUAAUCGACAACCGGCAAAGUUUGCAUGUCAUCAAUGUGAAUUUUUGCGCUAUACGUACAUAAUUGUGUUUUAAUUUUUAAAAGCAAUACUUUAUCGUGAAAGCAGCUGAUAUGAGCUUAUUGUUAAUUAGAAUGCGAAUUUUUGCGAGCAGUAUCAUUUGUUAAGUUCAUUGUUGCAUGGCCGUCUAGUCGAUAUAAUCAAUCUAUUCUUUCAAAACGCUGAUUGCUCCUUCAUUAUCAUUCUUAUUCACGCACACAUUUAAAAAUUUAUCUUAAUACAAUUUGUUUUAAUUAUAAAACAUAAUAUUAAAUAAAAUAAUUAUAUUGUAUUAUAAUAUUAAAUAAAAUAAUUUUAAAUUUGUUUGAUCGGUAGAACGUAUGUGUUUCGAAUUCGUGCGAUUGUAUAGCAGUCGCCAAAUUUAGAUAAACGAGAGCUCUAAUAGUCGAAUACAAUUUAUUUUUUGUAUGUCCAGUCACAACGUACAGAAAGAAAUUUGUCAGAAAUUUCGAAAACAUAUUCUACUUUCUCGUGGUGAUUGUGUCGAUCGACGCGGAAAUCCAAAGUUCAUACAUUGUAUUGUGUGCACGAAAUAUAUCGAUAUAAUAAAUAGUGAUUUAAAAAAAAUCGAUUUACCUCGUGACCACAUUUAGACUUUCGGAAAUCUAAAACCUAUGUAAAUGUGGUUGCAUUCAUUAAACACCGAUAAAUUCUAAAUGGAAAGUUAUUCGUGCAAUGCGAUGAGCAAUAAAUUUUUCGAUUUUAAUUGUAA